AACAUGUCACGCUUUAACCGGUUGAGUACUGUGUCUUAUCCUAGGCUGAGUAGCUUCCAACCAUAACCUCCCUAUAUAAUCCCUAAGGCCAAAACCCUACGCUUUCUCUCCCUCUCCUCUGCGAAUGAUCUCGAGCACUCUCAUUUCUCACUCUCAAUCCUUCACUGUCGAUUUGAAGACGCUUCUACAGAUCAGCACCUGACGCCACAACGAUUCUCGGCCCAAAUUUGUAGCCAUGAAGGUGCGAUCAUCUGUGAAGAAGAUGUGCGAGUUCUGUCAGAUUAUCAAACGCCGGGGUCGUGUAUAUGUCAUUUGUAGUUCCAAUCCUAAGCACAAGCAACGGCAAGGCAUUUCAACAUUUGCAUAUGAAGGAUCCGUGGCUGCCGAGACUAACGCCAAGCAGGAGAUUACACCCAGUCACAACGUGGGGCUAGGUCUGGCAUCUAUCAUCCCUAAAAAGCAUGAACCUUCAAUGAUUUAUGGAUGGAGUGCAAACCUUGCAUCGCUUCUUUUUAAACAAGGGCAUUGACAUAGGAAUAUACAACUGAAAUAUUGAGGUUGAUGAUGAAAUGAUAAUGUUGCUUUUAUGCUCCUCAACUCUUCUUUCAAUUUAUAAUAGAAUUCGCUGUUUAUCUUGAACCUUUCUGCAAAAUCUAGUUCUGCUGUGCUCUUAAUGGAAUUGAGAAAUCUUUCAUUAAUGAAUUGAAUAACUGUUGUUAAUGGAAUUGAGAAAUUUCCUGUA